ACUGCUGUGAAUGCUCUAACAUGGCUGGGCAAAAUAAAGCACAUUGAUCCUACUUCGUUCAUUCAUCUUCAAGUAUCCAAAAAUGAAUGUGGUCACAUAUUCUUCUCUCUGUCUCUCCUUGUUUUUGGUUACCUCCUUCUUCAUCCAUCCCUCCAAUGCUACUACUACUACUAUCCAGCAAUCCAAUCUUGUGAACAAAGUAUGUAACCAAACCUCCAAUUACACCUUCUGUGUUGAGUCUCUAUAUGCCAAUCCAAAAACCCCAUAUGCGAAUCGCCAGGAGCUAGCCUACAUCAUAUUUGUCUCAGCAUAUCUCGAUGCCACCAGUACUCAAGAGCACAUAGCUCAGCUGCUUAAUGAGAAUGCCAACACAAGCCAAAGGCCACUUCUCCUAAGGUGUGCUAGAGAUUACACCAAGGCUGUUUCAAAGCUCGCAGUGGCUUACGGAAACUUGGAUUCUGAGACCUACAACUCUUUGGCUAGCUAUUCACGUACUGCAUCUGCUGCUGCUGAUGACUGUCAGGCCGCUUUUAAGGGAACCCAUUCUCCACUCACCACCAGGAAUAAGGAUUUGAAAGGUCUUUGUGAAAUUUGUGUUGUCGUCUCUGAACUAUUUGUCACCUCUUAGUUUGCGAGAUUAUAGUCAUUUAAGAUCUGUAUGUGACUUAGUUGCAGACAUUUCAUAUUUGAUACUAAAAGUGUUUUAUUUUUUUAUAAUUGUAUUGAAUGUUUUUGUUUUCUGCUA